UCUCUCUCCUUUGACAUUAUAUAUACACUCAAAUCUCGCUAUAACGAGAAGUUCGGGAGUUAAGUCUCCCUCUAUUACGAGCACAAGAGGAGAAAUAAAAAACCCCCACUUUGGAGAUUCUUCAUUCAUUUUUUUAGUGCGUGAAUGUGUGAGUGUAUACAAAGUUAUGUAAUUUGCACGCGAUUUAAACAACGUGAAUACAGUCCAUGGUUGGUUAUGUGAUAUAUCAAAAUAUGUAAACAAAUUCAUGAAAUACAUUUAUUCUUUUUGAAAUUAAUGUAUAUAAUAAAGUUUUAUGCAAGAUUUUAAAUAGUGUUAAACUAUGGCUUCUGCUUCUAAGAAAAUAGCUAGACGUAAGUCUCUAAGUUUGAAAGAGAAGAUAGAAAUUAUAAAUAAAAUUGAAAAUGGAAACUCAAAUCACAAACUGUGCAAGGAGUACGAUGUCAACAGUUCGACCAUCUCAACUAUUUUAAAAAUGAAAGAAAAACUUAAAACAUAUUAUGCAGAUAUAAAUGCUUUUGGUGGUAACGUGAAAAGAAAAAGAGCUAACAAACCCGAAUAUGAACUUCUAGAAAAGGUCGUAUAUGAUUGGUUAUGCCAGAAAAGAACCAUCGGGGAACCAGUGAGUGGUCUAAUUCUGCAGGAAAAAGCGAGGAUUUUCUAUUCAACCUUAAAACUUCAUGAGAAAAUAUCAGACCAAGGACAUGAGUUUAAGGCGAGUGAUGGCUGGUUGUCCAGAUUUAAAGACAGGUACAAUCUUCGUACGCUUCAACCGAAAGGAGAGAAAGCCUCAGCUGAUACCGUGGCGAGCGAGAACUUUGUCUCAGAAUUCAACGAAUUUCUAGAAAAGAAUAAUUACCAACUUGAAAAUAUUUAUAAUGCUGAUGAGACUGGGUUGCAAUACAGAUCCUUGCCUGAUAAGACCUUGGUAUUGUCAAAUGAAGAGGAAGUAGCUGGGCGUAAACCAAUGAAAGAGCGCUUGACAAUAAUGGUGUGUGCCAAUGCCACUGGAUCACAUCGUAUACCACUUUUGGUCAUUGGUAAAUCUGCAAAGCCAAGGUGUUUUAAAAAAAAUCAACAGUUGCCGUUAAACUAUACCAAUCAAAAGAAAGCAUGGAUGAACGCCCAGAUUUUCAAACACUGGUUUAUAGAUAUCUUUCUUAAAAACGUCCGGGAAUUAAAACCUGAUGCAAAAAUCAUUUUGCUGCUUGACAACGCUCCGACACACCCAUCAGCCCAGGAGUUAAAUUUAAUUGACGAAAAAUGUACCGUGAUAUAUCUCCCUCCAAAUGUCACGAGUCUUAUUCAGCCCAUGGAUCAAGGGGUAAUUUCUGCCAUGAAAAGGCAUUAUAAAAUGGGAUUUUUACGUGAGACACUCGCAUGUGAACAUAGUACUAAUUUUGAUUUUGUUCAAUUUGUGAAGAAAUGGACCGUGCUGGAUUGCAUGAACGUUUUGAGAGAGGCUUGGAUUUCAUUAACGCCAAACACACUUCGAAAUUCUUGGAAAAAACUAAUAAAUCCGGCUUCACUUCUCAACGGGAUGACUCUUCAAUCAAACACCGAAUUAACGAUUUCAAACAAUGAACUUGUAAACCUGGUUAAUCGCUUACCAGGAGGAUCUGUAUAUUCGUCAGGAGAUGUCACAAAUUGGCUUGAAAAAGAGGAUGAAGUAAAUUUACCUCUCUUUAAAGUUAUAAGUGAUGAAGAACUUCUAAAUAGACAUGCUGAUUUGAACUUGCCGAUACCUAUGGAAAAUGAAACUCCAGAUUCCUGUAAUGAGGAUGAAGAACUUGAAGAAACUAUUGAUGAAUUAGCAACUCAACCUUCAAUUCUUAAUGCUGCUCAAUGUAUUGUUAACUGGACUCGAGGACUUUCAGAAUUUACUGAAGAAGAACGCCUAAUAUUCAUUAAAGCCCGAGAUCUUGCCCUAAAUGUUACACUCAAUCAAGCUAAAAAUGUUUGACAGAGUUGUAUUUCUUAGAUAUAUUUCACAUUUUCAACAAUAAUGGAUUGUGAAAAACGUAUUUAAAUUAUUCAUUUUAAAAGUUUAAUUGGUUAUUUAAUUUUUAUUUAAAAAUAUAUUUAGUUUUUUAGUUCUAUUUAAAAGUUUAUUGAUAAAAGAGUUGGCUAAUUUGCAAAUUAAAUUAGUUAUUUAGAAGUAUAUUGCCAAAAGAGUUAUUAUGUUUUAUAAAAAUUAAUAUUAAUAAGUAAUAAUAAGUUUUUAUUAUAAAAUUGUAACG